AGUACGACAUUUUUCCACGCGUUUACAUAUUCAGCAAGUAUUUCGAGAAUAAAAUGAACAAUAUUGAUAAAUAUAAUGUGAAAAGAGGUUUUUGUACGGAGUGUAAUGAGUGUCCAGAGUUCGAGAGGAAUCAGGAUUCAACUAAAAACGUUUGUGGAUAUUGUGGGUGCUAUCCUACAAAACACCGAAAAUUGUCAGUAGAUUCAAUUCAUGAUGAUUCUAAUUCAGAUGUUUCACAAAAUACUUCUGGUGAAAAUGAAAAUUCAUUGCAAUUAUCCGAGGAUUCAUCGGAUGUGGUCGAUAGAAGUGUGUUGCAAGAAUCUGGAAGCGAAGAAAUAGAAAUAAACGAAACGACUGAUCUAAGCACGUUAAUACCGGAAUUUCCCACAGAAAUACAGGAACUGAUCGAUGAAGACAAGAAACUGUUAGCUUCUCAAAUAUCAGUAAUAAUUAGAUUAGUUACUGAAAAAUUGAUGGAAAAAAAUUUGGAUAUACCAGGAAUAAUUUUAGAAAUGUCAAUUUUGCUGACUGAUAAAUAUCCCUUGCAACUUGCGAGCGAGUAUGGCGAGAAAAACAGUCAGACGCACAACCGUUUGAAAUUCUGCUGCAAAUACUAUCGUUCAAGAAAAAAGGACGCUAAAUGCUACUCGAAAAAAGGAAAAAAAAAAUGCAUCAAAUGCAUUACCGAAAUCGAGAAUGACAGCAGACGAAUUACGUGCGACACGAAGAUCAAGGCUGUCAGCAGCGAGAAAAGUGGAUACGAAGGAAGUAUUACUGAAGUGCCCUGA